AUCACUAAAGCGACGCCAUUUUUGCGUUGGGUUUGAUCGUGGUGUUUGUGUCGCUUGCUACGAUAUUUUGAUUUUAUAAACAAAUACAGUUUGGUAAUUUGAUAAAAAGUAUUAAAUGUAAAAGCGGUUAUGAUAUGCAAUGUAAGAAAACAGUUAGUGUUACUAGAAGUUCAGUAAUUGUGAUUUAAUUCUCUGCGCGGGAAAUGUGACUACGUCCAAUCCAAUUUCGAUAAAGGUUUCGCUACAGGACAUUUUUGGAUAAAUAAGGCUACAGUGCACAAUAUUAUAACUCUGCAAUAAUGAUUCCAAAUAAAGUACGUGAAAGCCGGAGAGUGAAAUCCUUAAAAUUACCUAAAAACCUGGAACGCUUAUAUAAAGAAGGAAAAUGUCGCGAGUGCUCAGUUGUUGUCACUCGCAUGGACUUUGCCAAGAUACUAGGCAAAUUUACCAAGGUAAAAAUACAAUAUGAAAGCAGUACAACUCCUAAAACGAAACAAAAUGUUGACUCGACACUGCCAAACUCAAACGCCAAAUUAAAAAACACUGAGAAUGGCAUGGUCCUUGUCCAUAGGAAAACCUGCAGUCAACCAGAGAAAGAGGUGUUGAAUAGUAAAAAGACGAAAAACAGUAAACUUACUUCACCAAUUGCAACAAACAUAUUAAAAGAAAACAACAGGUUAAAAAAACCUGUACUGAAAGACAAAAAUUCUAAUUAUGAAGACAAGAAACAAAAAAGCAACAAUAAUCUAAAACAAUACAGCAUUGUAUUUGAAGAUCCCUUGUGUAACAACAACAAUAAUAAUGAAAUUAACUUUAAAAUUUCAUUAAUAGAUUUAUUACCCGAUAUUGAUGAUAGUAUACUGCCGUCUGAAGAAUGGUGUAUAGAUUCCUUCCCCAAAAAAGAUGAACCAAAAGAUGAUCAGGUAUAUGAUAGGAUAGCUGCGGAGCUAGAAGAUCUCAUGUAUAAUGAGAAACCAAUUGUGAAAUUGGAGGAAAAACCAGAUGUCCCGGAAAGCAAAGUAGAUGACUUCCCAUCAAUAAUGGACAUCCUGAAUGACAAUAGUAGUGAAAGUAAAUCAACUGACCAAAGUAAUACCCUUGAAUUCAAAACUAAUUUAGAGUCUAGUGAUGUGGAAGCAAUGCUGCUUGGUAAACCCAAUGCUAGUUGUGAAACUAUUCCAAAACCAAUGGAUGUUGACAAUACUAGUAUGGGUAAUUUGAUUGAAGAUGUUAACCAACUAAACACUAUUCAAGAAACAUUAACCUCUAAUGAAGAAGCCUUAAAUAGUGAAGGCACCUUACAUAACUCUGUGAUGCCAGAACAGGUUGAUAACCCCCAUAGUCCCUCCAUUCUUGAUGAAGCUUUGCAAAAAGGUAUUGAAGAGCAUUUACCUGUCAAACAUGAUGAGCCAAAUCUAGAAAAUGAAGUAACAGAAGACAAAACAACUGUUGAAGUAACUGAAAAUUUAAAUUCUAACUCAGCCAUUGAUAUAGAAAUGAAGGACACUGAAACUAAGGUAACAGAUGAUAUUGAGGACAAAAAUCAGUCUACUGAUAAAGUAAAAAGUAAGGAAACAAACUUUUUGUCUUUAAAGGAUGAAAUCACACAUAUUGUGUUUAAAAAAUCUAAAGAGGGUGUAUGUUCAAAAUCUGUGACAUGUCCAAAGAAUUUAAAAUACUGUAUUGAAAUUUCAGAAAAAUCUGUUGAAUUUUUAGGUGCACCAAAAUAUAUUACGAGUUUAGAAGACUUGAAAGUGCUUUUGCAAAUAGUAAAUGAGAGUGAAUUAGAUAGUCCCUAUGUAUUGCAUUGAGUUAUUCAACGGAAUAGAAAUACCUAUAUGUAAAUAUAUUCUUAUACAUAGACAAAUCCAAACAUAGUUGAAUCAUUUCAACAUUAGUGCCUACCUAGAUAGUUAGGAAAUGACUGAAAAACUGUUAAGCUUUUUGCAUGGUUCCAAGGAUACAAUAAUUAAAAAUUUAUGUCCAACUUUGUGUUACAACAAGUUAAGUAGGUAGGUAUAAUAUGACAUCAAAGAAUGUAUAAUUUUAAGUUCUAUGUUAUUUUUACAAUGUUGAUCAUUGUAAUUGCUUAACAGUCUUUAAGUCUGGUUCAGAAAUGAAGGUAUAAAAUGCUUUCAAGCUAUUAGUUAUGAAACAAUCUGGUAAGUGGUACCUUACAAAAUAGGCUCUUAAAUUAAAGCUUGACCACACUGGCAAUUUACAUGGCAAUAAUUCUAUGAGUUUUUAACAAGAUAGUGACUGAAAUAAUUUUAAUUAAUUUAUCAUUUCCUGUGUUUUGUUAUAUAUCAUCUUGAUAUAAAUAUAAUUGCAAAUUGCUGAUUUAAAUAUAUUUUAUUAGAUUAAGUUACUUUAGACAUAAAUUAACAUUACUUAUGUUGGUGAAUCUGAAUGUUCAUGUAAGUCAUAAAUAACAUUAGGUUCAGACAAAUGAAACACAGAGGGCCUAAAAAAAC